AUGAAGACUGUUAGAGCAGUUGUGGCUUCUCUCAAACGCUCUGAAGAUUCCUGGCUCAGGUCCUUUGCAAGAACUAUGUUGCUGUUUCUUGGUCUUCUUUUUUGGGGGGCUGCUGCAGCCCUAGCCUUUAGUGGAGUCUUUGUGAUCCUGAUGUACAAGAACUACAGAUGUUUUCUUCAGGAUUCUUUUUUGCCUCUUCCAGGCUGGCUGGCUAUUGUAGCUGCAUUUGUCCUGCUACCCACUGGCAUUUUAGCUAUUUCUAUUUCUGUGAAGAACUCCCGCUAUCGACAAGGUGUCCUCAUGUACUUGCUGCUGUUACUUCUCUGUCUAGAAACGUCUUCAGCUCUUCUGGCAAAGAUCUACUCUACUAGGAUGUCUUCUGAGCUGAAAAGCACUAUGGGGCACCUCUUCUCUCACUACAGUGGACCGUAUUUUGAGAAUCCUGGCAGUAGGGCUGUGGAUAAAAUCCAGAGGAAGCUACAGUGUUGUGGAGUCCAAAAGUACACAGACUGGCUAUCACCAUCAACUGUUUCUUGGCAUCUUCCAACUGAGAAAGCAUGCACUCCUGAAAACUGUUGUAAGGAGAAAUAUUCUCAUUGCAGGGAUGACAAAUGUCAUCUGGAACAUCUCUUUCAGGAGGGCUGUCUAAGGAAGCUGGAAGACCAAAUGCAUUUUGUUAUGCUCUGUUUGUUUUGGUGCUGUAUUGUGCUAGGUGUUUUGGAAUUGUUGGCUGGUUUCAGCAAUGGCAUCCUCAUGAAGCAUCAGCCUUUCCAAGACUUCCGAAUUCUUGACUCGACUGUCUUCUCAUAG